AGUUUCGGUUCCAUCCACAAAACUGUAGACCAAAUAAAUAGUCAAUAAAUAUCUUUGCAGUAAAUCUACUCUUUUCCACUCCCACGACAGCUAGCAAAACAAAUCUUGCACACAUCACGUUAAUAAAACGACAUUACCACUUUUACACUGAUGUAGAAUUAAGGUCUCAUUGUGUAUUUGUAAAUCCACUGAGCUCUGACAUUGUGGUCCAACCGGCCUUGCAAGUUAGACAUGCACAAUCAGUUACAUACAGCUUCCUUAAAAUAGAAUGCUGGCGGAAUUUUGAAAGAGAUUUGAGUACAAAGAGAAAUCAGCAAGCGGAUGUAGCAAUCACCUGGUAUUUUAAGACAUUGUUUGCGGUCUGUCAAAACUGAGACGGUGGAGUGAUUUCCGAAGGCGGAUUUGAAUUUGAAAAAUCGUAUUUCUUUUUUCAUUGUAUGCGAAGUGAGAGGGAAAUGUACAAGAAAAACAAAGCCAUAGACGUUACGGCUGGAAAUUAAAAAAAUCUCUCCAAUCUCAGUCCUGAAUAGUUUGUGUUUUGCUUGAGAGAAAUCAUUGGCUUAAUCGCUGGCACUGUCACCACAAGUAUCAAGUUGAAACACGACACCGAGCUCACCCAAAAAACUAUUGCCGAUACAUUCUACCAGAAGACUUUCCUGCGGUUACCGUCGUAAAAAAAGAUUAGAAAUCAUCUCCUAAUCAUGAACAAUUCCUCUCAACACAUUGCCGUGGGAACAGCGAGUUUCAUGACUACUUCUGACGUCACGGCAUGGUGUACUGCGUUUGCGGUCGAAUCUGUCAUUGUGGCAAUCGGAAACUUGUUCAUUAUCACAGUCUUUGCCAAGACCAUAGAGCUACGCAGACAACAUCGCCAUUACUUCCUAAUGAACUUAGCCGUUGCUGAUUUUUUCGUGGGAGGUCUUGCGGCGCCUCUGUUUGUUUACAUCUUAGGAGGAUUUUACAACUUAUGGCCGUUUUCCAAGUACAAAGAUACUUUGUACUCCAUUAGCAUAUUCCUGGACAUGUUCUCCGGGAUUUCUUCAAUCGCUUUCCUCUCCGCCAUCGCUGUGGAAAGACUUUACUCAACGUUAUACCCCACCAAGUAUAGAAAGACAAAACGUUUCGCAUACACAGUCAUCGCGUUCUUAUUAUGGGCUAUUUCCGCUGUGCUUCCAGGAAUUAGAAUUCAUCUCGGAGAAGAAUUUAACUCUCUAUACACCUGGAUGCCAAUUGUUUGUAUGCUGCUGGUUACCAUCGGCUCCUCGUACAUUGUUAUCUGGGUCAAAGUCCUGUUCUUCAGUUCCAAGCGCUUGAAUCAAAGCCGUGAAAGACGAUUAAAUGUAACUGUAACAAUCUUAACUCUGACAUCACUUUCAACAUGGUUGCCGUUCAUAGUCCUGAACAUAGUCAAUGAGUUUCACCCAGUGAGCAUAGAGAUAGAGGCUGUGUUUUCCACCAAGAUACUUCAUUACGGAAACUCUCUGGUUAACCCUUUCUUAUUUGCCUUAAAAAUGCCGCAGUUUAGAAAAGCGGCACAGAAAAUAUUUUGUAGUUUUCCGCGCCAGAAGCCAGCCUAUCUUCCAAGCGAGAAAAGAAGAUUGGAUCAUGAUUCUUUCAGCUCACACAGCGAGCGAACUUCACCGGAAGUGCAGACUACUCCAGUUUGAAAAUAAAAGUUGAACGAGCAGUGAAGUGAUGGAAAUUCGAAACACGACUCCACUGAGUGAUAUUUUGGAAAGUGUACCCAUUCCAGGAACCUUUAGCCUUUAAAAUCUCACCUAAGCAAAAAAGUGUGUCAUUAUAAUUAUAUAAUAAGCUAAGUUGUGCACGCAUUCUGAUUGGUUCUCACUUAUGAUCUAUUGAAGGACAGACGUAUA